CUCGAUAAUCUCGAGGAGACUGUCGCUUUACAGGCUACAGUGCACCUCGCUGCUGGUCGUAGCGGCAAGCCCGAUGUCCAUUACUCACGGCUUGCCCAACGGUGAGCUGUUGUUCGCAUCGCACAGCUUCGCCGGUUGCAUCAACCAAAGCCGUGUCUGCGUCGCCUUCAGGAGGUGUGAAAAUUGGAUCGGGGCGUUCCGGAAUGUGACGUCGCUUAACCGAACCGUUAAGCUUCUUAGCCGUUCUGGGAACAUAAGCGACCGCUCUGUACCUCUCAUUGACGGCCCGGGGCGUCACGGCGUUGCUUGAUUUGUGUAUCCCCGGGGGUCGACAAUGACGCACACCACAGACCAGUCUCCACCCGUCGUGGGACCGCACGCGUGAAACUCGCGCCGCCUUUCGACGCGGAUCGCAUUUCAGCGUCAGAAAAUUCACAGCAGAUGGCUGGUCUUCCGACGCUUUUACAACGGCUCUCUGCUGGCCCUAGGUUGAUUAAGUCUACACUGACCGAGGGUGACGAUAAGCUGCCUUGUUCCCAGACGGCUCCGGAAAAAUCAGGCUGGAACCCCCGGCCGAAGGGCUUGAGAAACGCAGCAUCGGAAAGUUCUUCCCUUCGUCCUUGAGUGGUCAGGUCCAGGGUCACGAAGACCUGCAGAUCCACUCCACUCUUCAAAAAGCGGAGGCCCUGGAACUCAGGUCUACCCUCCUGCUCCUGCUCCUUCCUGCGCAGUACAGCAACCUGGCUUGCUAAGGGCGACCCUCCCCUGAGCAACUAUCGCCACGUGUGAAGUCUGACGUGGAGCCAGACAACCAGGUCAACAUGCCUCUCCUUUGGCAGCUCGUCCUAGCAGGCAUUAUACUCGCUUUAGCGUACCUCACAUGGCGGUAUAAGUACUUCCUGAGAGGGAACAGCAAGUUUGGGCCUCCUCACUGGCCUGUCCUGGGAGCGAUCCCGGCUCUCUUCUCCAACUUCCCGUAUCUCCUGGAUUGGUCCACGUCACUGCUCGAGGCAUGUCCAACAAUGACGUACGUGUCUCUAGGGCCCGGCAUGAACGAGGUGAUCACCGCGAAUCCCGAGGUGCUGGAGCACAUUCUCAAGAACAAGUUCAGCAACUACCCUAAGGGGCCUGACUUCCAGUCAUCAUUCAACGACCUGCUGGGCCAUGGCAUAUUCAACAGCGAUGGCGAGGCGUGGAAGCAGCAGAGGAAGACAGCCAGCCUUGAGUUCUCCGCCCGGUCCCUCCGCGACCUCAUGAUGGUCUCCAUUCAGGACGAGGUUCAGCUCCGCCUCCUUCCCACCCUGCAAACGGCCAUGGACACCAGCGCCAGCAUUGACUUUCAGGACAUUCUCCUGCGCUACACCUUUGACAACAUCUGCCGCAUCGGGUUCGGUGUUGACCCUGGCUGCCUCGCUGCAGGCCUGCCUGACAUCCCCUUCGCCAAAGCAUUCGACGAAGCCACCAAGGCCACUCAGAUCCGCAACAUCCUACCAGAGUCCAUCCGCAGCCUCUUCAUGUCGUGGGGCAUCGCACACGAGAAGAUUCUCAAAGCAUCCGUGCAGGAGAUUGAUGAGUUCGCCCAGCGGGUGAUCCAGACGCGCAAGGAGCAGCUGAGCAGGCUGAGGAAGGGCGGAGCAGAUGGCGAGGAGGAGGGCCGGGAUGGGGUCUCCCUGGGCCACUCGGACAUCCUCUCCAGGAUGAUGAUGCUUCAGAAGGACGACGGGGGCGAGCUCUACUCGGAGCGAUUCCUCCGAGACGCCUGCACCAACUUCAUCCUAGCUGGCAGGGACACGUCAUCAGUGCUGCUGACGUGGUUCUUCUGGCUGCUGAGCUGGCACCCACACGUGGAGAGCAAGAUAGUAGAAGAGGCGAGGAGCAUCAUUGCCAGGCGAGCUGAGGGCGACCAGAGGGAGACGUUCUCGUAUGAUGAACUGAGGAGCAUGACCUACACCCACGCUGCCCUCAAUGAGGCUCUCCGCCUCUACCCCUCUGUCCCUGCCGACACCAAGCAUGUGAGUGAGGACGAUGUGCUUCCAGACGGCACCCCGGUGAAGAAGGGGUGGCGGGUGAUGUAUGCCCUCUACGCCAUGGGGCGCAUGACGCGCAUAUGGGGCGCCGACGCCCGCGAGUACCGCCCGGAGCGGUGGAUCGAUGGCUCGGGGCAGCUGAAGAACGAGUCGCCCUUCAAGUUCCCUGCCUUUAAUGCUGGGCCACGGCUGUGCCUGGGGAGAGACCUGGCCUACUUGCAGAUGAAAUCAGUGGCAGCGAGUGUGCUGACCAAGUACCGCCUGAAACCAGUCCCAGGGCAACAAGAUAGAGUACAGCGUGUCCCUAACUUUGGUUUAUGAAAAACGGGCUGCUGGUUAAUGUGCAGCCGCGAUAGGAAAUUGAGUAGGUUUGGGACAUUGCAAUUCCCUGUUCCUUAGUGUGUCACUUUCGAUGCUCGUUGUUUGCUGAAUAUUCCUAUCAAUUAGGGAAGCGGAUUCUAGACCGUUGUCCCUUGUUUCCCUCUUUCUGAAGUGUACGUUAUUUAGCCUGGGGAGGGGUCCUCCCGCCGCCCCCUUCUGCUCCUUCCUUUCCUCCUCUCAUGUCUGAUCUGACAUAUUCCUUCUCCUUUCGAUGCUCGCUCUCUUAUCUCGUUUCUGGUGCUCGCUCGCUCUCUUCCUCAUCGCGUUCUGAGCUAUUCCCCUCCGUGACGUUUUCUUAACUUCACACUAAGCGUCUUGGCUGUGCAGCAUUCCAGGAUUCUUCUUUUAUUGUCGGAGCUCAGUCCCGCCACCCACGUAGCACUCUAUCUCGAGUCGGGGCCAUCAUGACGGAUGCAGGCGCGCCGGACGUAGCGGACUGCGGAAGUCGUUAACAUGGAAGAACCGGCAGCGCAGGGUUGGUGCGUCUGGGGCCCCUGGGAGUGCGACUGGUGUGAAAGCAUUGGUUCCGUAGUCGGCUGCGUUGUGGAAGGCUUGUGUAGCGGAUAGUGUUAUUUUCCUGUGAUUCCGCCCAGUCACUGUACUUCCCGCGGGUUCUUUCCUCCCAAGACCUCUCCUCCCAACGUCAUGGCAGCAAGCGACGAUACUAUCGCGAGCCUCGCAAAUAGUGUUGACGAGUAGUCGAAGAUGCCGUAUCUGACGCGAUUUUGUAAAAAGGUAGGUGGUGAUCAAAUGAGACAAGUUUGUGUGAUUCUGUUUAUGGGCCCACUUCCCAAAACAUGCCCAGAGUGAUCUUGCCGGAUUCAGAAGCCUCUGAAUUACAUGUUAUGGUGAUUGUAAAAAUUUGUCAGGUG